UGACGCGUCAUUUGUUGUCAUAGUAACCAUUUGUUUAGUUUCAUCUUGACUCCGGUGAGAGGCAGGAAACAUUCAUUUUGGUGGUUUUUUAACCUUACGGAACAAGUGACUGACCCCCACUGGAGAACAAUGUCUGCCAUGGACCGAAAUCCACAGCAAAAUGGUGGACCUAAUCUACUGAGUAUUGAGGUUUUGAGGAACCACUCAGAACUCUUCAGAGCAGAAUGUAUGAAGCUGAUCCUAGAAACUGAUAAAGCAUGCCAACGCAUGAAAGAUGAUGACAACAAGCGGUUAGAUCAGCGAGUCAGAGACAUCCAGUUCCUGAAGAAGGAGCUGGAGCUGAAGUUGGAAGAGAUUAUUGUGGAAAUCGACGUCCUCAUAGCAUUGCAGAGCAGAGUGGUGAAGGCCCUGGAGGCCUGCAAAGAGCCUCUGAGAGUCACUGUUCUCUGUCUGGAAGAGAGAAUGAAACGUCCUCCCUCUGAGAGGCUGCAUGACGAUGUGGACCGUGAGCUGCUGAAGGAGAGGGAGGUUAUUGAGGGGGUAGCAACCCUUCUGCAGCGUGUAGUAGAGCAGAUCACUGAACAGAUAAGACUGAACCGAUCUGCCAAGUACCAUUUAGAGCAGGAUCUGAAGGAAAAAUUUAAGGCUCAGUGCAUUGACAACUCCUGUGCCUUAAUGACCACCCAUUCCAUCAACAACCAACCGAAGUCCGAAAACAAUGUUUUGCAGAGCUUGACAGUGACUCCAAAGCAGUGGGAAAACAUCUCAGACAUCAACAUAGCCAAAGCAGAGCAGCAGAAGACCAACUCUCUGUACCUGCGGGCCCUCGUGGAGUCUCUCCUGGAGCAGACGGCCACUGACAUACAGAAGCAGGUCCAGGCCACCACAACAGCCUUACAGCUCAACGUCCAGGAAAUCAAGUCUGCCAAGAGCCAGAUGGAGGAUCAACUGAGCAAGAUUCUGUCUGAGUUUGCCAGCCAGCAGAGGAUCAGAGAGGAUCUCCAAGUGGCCAUCACAGAGAAUGAGCAGUUCCUGAGGUUGGCCCAGGCCCGGCUGGAUUUACGUCGCCUGAGACCUUCAAAAGAGCAAUGCCACGAUCCAGCACAGACCCAGCUCCUUGUGGAGGUCCAGCAGCUCACCACUCACAUCAACAAACUGCAUGAGGCAGUGGCCCAGUCAGAGGAGGAGCAGAGGGCUCUUGUUCGCUGCCAGCUGGAGCUGCAGGAAAACAUUGAGAUCAAGGCCAGCUCUGUCUACAUUGAUGAGGUCAUCUGCGCCCACCACAGGGAGCCCAUCAUCAUACAUAACUUCUGAGCGGUCAGCAACAAGAAAGGUCUAUUCAAAAUGCAGUUAUAUAAAAUUCAGUUAAAAAUA